ACUUCCGGCGUCUCAAGCCGGCGGUGAAGAGAAUAGAAACUUGCCCUCACUUAAGAGGGCCACAUCCUGCCUUUGUCCUCAUUGGUAAAUUGGCUCUCUCAGCUUCCGUGACCCGCCCCCCUUCUUCCUCUUGCCCGUAAUAGCCAUGGCGGCCAUGAGUUUGUUGCGACGGGUUUCGGUUACCGCUGUGGCAGCUCUGUCUGGCCGCCCCCUUGGCACUCGCCUCGGAUUUGGGGACUUCCUCACUCGUGGCUUUCCGAAGGCUGCUGCUCCUGUUCGACACAGUGGAGACCAUGGGAAAAGACUAUUUGUCAUCAAACCUUCUAGAUUCUAUGACAGGCGUUUUUUGAAGUUACUGAGAUUCUACAUUGCAUUGACUGGGAUUCCAGUAGCAAUUUUCAUAACUCUGGUGAAUGUAUUCAUUGGUCAAGCUGAACUAGCAGAAAUUCCAGAAGGCUAUAUCCCAGAACACUGGGAAUAUUAUAAGCAUCCCAUAUCGAGAUGGAUUGCCCGUAAUUUCUGUGAUAGUCCUGAAAAGAUGUAUGAAAGAACAAUGGCCGUCCUUCAGAUUGAAGCGGAAAAGGUUGAAUUACGGUUAAAGGAGCUGGAAGUACGAAGAUUGAUGCGUGUGAGAGGAGAUGGACCGUGGUAUUACUAUGAGACAAUUGACAAGGAACUUAUUGAUCAUUCUCCAAAAGCAACUCCUGACAAUUAAGCAUUUUUUUUCUCCAGAUACAAAGUAUAUUCUUUUUAUUGGAAAAUAAAUUAGUAAAUAUAUUCUGUAUUUUUGCUCUCCGUGAAAAACGAAAGAGCUUCUGACAUUACUGUCUCUCAGUGUUGGUUCAGACUGAGGCUUUUGUUUGGAGGGUUUGGCUUCCAGUCCCCAAAGGAGAUUUAAAAUGUACUAAUAAAAACUGGAGAGAGAGGAAUUUGUGAACUCCUAAAAUUGUAGCAACUUUGAAAGGUUAGUGUUUUAUUUACCUGACAAAUGGAAGUUAUAGAAAAGAAGUCUAAUAAUGUUAAGCACCAGUAAUUAUAGUAUUUUGUACAAAUGCCUGUACUGUAGAUGUAUGUAUUAUUGAGGGGCAACUCAGGAUUUUAAGUUCCAUAAAGUAUUGAACCAACUCUAAAAUGUUAACUCCUUAAUAAACAGAUUUUCAGUAAACAAAUUUUAAAGUUUAUAA